UCAGGCUAAAUUAUAAGAACAUAGGCUUUCCAGCGGUGACAAACUCCCUACAAGAACAUGCAUCUCGCAAAAGAUCUCCUUCAUCUCUCUCCAGAAGAGAAGAGGAAACACAAGAGAAAGCGCCUGGUGCAGAGCUCUAAUUGCUACUUUAUGGAUGUGACGUGCCCAGGCUGCUAUAAAUCACCAGUCUUUAGCCACGCACAAACAGCAGUCUUGUGUGCUGGCUGGGCCACUGUUCUCUGUCAGCCUACUGGUGGAAAAGCAAGGCUGACAGAAGGAUGUUCCUUCAGGAAGAAGCAGCACGAAAGUACCUGA